AUGAAGAUUCGUUUUAGUGUUAACGUGGUUUUUAAAAAGAAGGACGGAACAAGAACCUGUGUCGCUGGCAAAGUUAAUGACAACUUGAUGUAUCUUGCCCAUCGCUAUGAAAUUGAAUUGGAAGGUGCCUGCGAGGCAUCGUUAGCCUGUUCUACCUGCCAUGUUUACGUUGACGAGGAGUUUUUGGAUAAGUUGCCUGAACCUGUUGAUGAAGAAAACGACAUGCUGGACCUUGCUCCCUUCCUGAAACCCAAUUCGAGGCUUGCUUGUCAAAUUAUCCUCUCCAAGGAACUCGACGGACUUGAAGUUGAACUGCCCCCGGGAACGCGUAACCUUUACGUCGAUGGACACAAACCAGAACCCCACUGA